AUGUGCCACUGCAAGUCUGAGCUGGAAGAUUUCAACAAGGGGAAGGCUGAGUUUGAAGCCGCCGUGCCGAAGCUCGAGUCCGACAUCAGCACUGCUGAAGCACAGAUUUCGCAGCUGACUCAGGAGAUUGAGGCGCAGCGGGCCGACGAAGCAGCCACAGUGGACAGCAUGAAGCGCGCUGGGGUCGAGCGCGAGAAGGAGCAUACCGUCUACGUUGAUGAGGUGACCGAGUUGAAGGGCGACAUCGGUGCGAUCGAUCAAGCCAUCCCCGCGCUGGACGAGGACGGCCUGUUGCUUGCGGAGACGACAAAUUCACGAAGGUCAACGGUUUGCCUCGUUUCUGCUACCGGGUGA